AUGGCCUCCGUACAAAUCCUUGACGGUGGACUGGGGACUUCCCUGCAGGACAAAUACGGUGUGAACUUCUCCAGCACAGACACACCUCUCUGGGCCUCGCACCUCCUGGUCUCAAACCCCGAAACGCUGAAAGCUUGUCAAUCCGACUUCGGCGAGGCAGGCGUGGACAUCCUCUUAACUGCGACUUACCAAAUCUACACUGGAGGGUUUCAAAACACAAAGACAGCCGAGUUUCCUCAAGGCAUCCCGGCGUCUGAAGUCGGUCGAUUCCUGCGGACAGCGGUAGAGGUCGCGGAAAUUUCGAAAGUGCGCGAUUCGGCAAAGAUCGCUUUGAGCCUUGGGCCUUAUGGUGCUUGUAUGAUUCCCGGACAGGAGUAUGGGGGUCUUUAUGAUGCAGAGCACGAUGAUGAGGAAAAUCUUUAUCGGUGGCAUUUGGAGAGAUUGCAGUUGUUUCAGAAUGUCGAAGGGGAGGAUUUGACCUCGCGGAUUCAAUAUGUUGCUUUUGAGACAUUGCCGCGGUUGGACGAAGAUGAGUGUCUUCCCGAUGGGAGCAAUGUCGAACAGGUUGUUGAGGCGUCAAUUGGCCCGAUGGAAGGAGCCCUUGUGCCGUUGGGAAUCGGUAUGAACUGCACGAAGGUUCAUAAGCUUUCGGGGUUGGUCGACAGAUUCGGGGCCUGUGUGAAGGAUGCAAUUGCUACGGGUCUUACCUCGGCGGUUCCGAGUCUCAUCCUGUACCCCGAUGGAACGAAUGGAGAGGUUUAUAAUACUAUGACACAAACUUGGGAGAGGCCAGAGGGACAGGGAAGUAAUCAGGAUGUUCGCCCCUGGGAAGUCCAACUUGCGCAGGUCGUCAGCGAUGCCAAUGCAAAGGGCCCCUUCCAGCAUUUCAUCGUAGGCGGGUGCUGCAAAGCCUCUCACAAGGAUAUCACGAAGCUUCGGGAGCAGUUUACCGCUGCAUGA